AUGAAAAAGAUUUUUAAUGAUUCAGUUCAAAUUCCAAUUGUUGAGAUGCCGCCUUUAAUUGACUGGGAGCAUUAUAAUGUUCGAGAAUAUAUUUUAAUAUAUUCGGCUCUUUUUCUAAUUGGAGUAUGUGGGAAUGUAUCAGUUAUAACUUUAAUAAGAUUAGUUCAUACUUCUUUACCAUAUGAUAAUACAGUAAUUUAUAUUUUAUUUUUGUCAAUUGUUGACUUAGUAUCAAUAGCUCCAUUACCAUUAAUUAUUCUUGAUCAAAUGCUUGGUUUUUGGAUUUUUAAUACACCAGUAUGUAAAGUUUAUAGAUGUAUGGAACAUGCUGGAAGAGCUUUAUCAACAUUUGUUUUAACUGAAAUGGCAUUUGAUAGAUAUUUACUUGUAUGUUAUCCAUAUAAAAAAAGAAGUCGUAAUACUGUUAUUAAAACAUUAAUUUGUUUAACAAUUUUUGCAUUAUUUUUACUAUCUCCAGUUAUUUAUGUUUCCAGUAAAAUAUCUAUUAUUCUUCAAGAAACUGUUGUUGAUGAACCACCAAGAAUAAUAAGAAUGCGAAUAUUUAAAUGUAUGGCAAAUUUUACAGAUAACCAACAAUUAAUCUUUGUUUCAUAUAUGUUUCUCCUAGCUUUUGCUGCUCCAAUGUUUCUUAUCAUAUUAUUUUAUAGUUUAAUGAUAAAAAGAUUAGUUGAAAGAAGUCGUGUUUUAUCUUCAUCAUCAGUUCCUGUAAAUAGAAUUGCCUUUUAUACAAUAACAAUAUCCAUAUUUUAUCUUAUAUGUUAUUUACCGUACUGGAUUUCACAUUUAUAUGCACGUUUUCGUGGAUCGUCAGAUACAGAAUUUGAUGAAAAUGGGGAUGGUUUAUAUGGAUGGAUGAAUGAUAAUAAUAAUAUUGAUGGAGGAAUGUUUUUUAACUCUCCAAAUGUAACAAAAUAUUAUUUUAUAAGAAUAAUGUAUGGUAUUCAUGCAUUACCAUUUGUUAACUCAUCCUUAAAUUGGUUUUUUUAUGGAUUAUUAAAUAGUCAAUUGAUAAGAAAGACAAAUCGAACAAAUCAAAAAGGAGUUACAGCAACAACAUCUGAAAGAUUUUUAUCAUUGAAAAGGCAGAUUAAAAUGGAUAAUGAAGAAAGUUCUAUGAAUUCAGAUAAUGCAAAAGAGGAAGACAAGUUUUUCCUCAAAACUCAAUGUUCUUUAGAUACAUUUUUAUAA